GCGACGUGGGGCCGCUGGCCGGGAUCGGGACGCCGGGGCGCCGGAGAUGCUGCGGCCGCUCCUCCUGCUCCUGGUGCCGCUGCUGGGCGCGGGGAGCGCCGCCGAGGACGACGAGAGGCUGCCGACCAAGUGCGAGGUAUGCAAGUUCCUGACGGUGGAGCUGCAGACCGCACUGGACAAGACCAGACGAUCCAAGGAAGUGCUGGAGCUUGGGGAGGUGCUGGACAGUGGGAAGAGGAAGAGGAAGAUCAAGUACAACACCUCGGAAACACGGCUGGCAGAAGCAAUGGACAAUAUCUGCGAGAGGAUCCUGCAGUACAACGUGCACGCGGAGAGGCCCGGCAGUUUAAGAUAUGCAAAGGGCACCAGUGAGACAAUGACGACCCUGAAGAAUCUGGUCAACAAAGGGGUUAAGGUGGAGCUGGGGAUCCCGUUCGAGAUGUGGGAUGAGCCCUCGGCCGAGGUCACGGACUUGAAAAAACAGUGUGAGAACAUGUUGGAACGGUAUGAGGAUGUUGUGGAGGACUGGUACUUUCACCAUCAGGACCUCGAGCUGGAGAAGUUUCUGUGUGUGGCCCAUGUGCUGACAAAGGACGAUCAAGGUCAACUGCCUCGUGGAAGGUGUGGAAAGGCCGAAAGGGCGACGUGGCCACCAGCACAGGGAAGGAAAGGAGAGGCGGCGAGGCCGGCAGAGGGCGAGGCGGAGAGCGAAGAGGCAGCGGGCAGGGAGCCGUGCUUCACGAUGCUUCAGAACUCUGAGCCGAGUACUUCAGAUAUCAGUGUGAGGUAUCCGAACGAGCUGGUUAUUACUGAGAUGCAAGAGACUGCAGAUACUGGAGGAACUCAGCGGAUCGGGCAGCAUCUGUGGAGGGAGAUGGACAGUCGACGUCUCGGGUCGAGACCCUUCAUCUGGACUGACAGACGCUGCCUGACCUGCUGGGUGUCUCCGGCAUUGGCUGAGGCUGCCUCGGGCUCAAGGACUUCACUUCUACCCCCAUCGUUCACAGCUGCAAGACGUCCUGAGACCCCCUCCCGGCCCACGAGAGAGCUUCCAAAGCCUGGUCACCUCAGGGGUGUGGGAAACCGCACAGCAAGAUCCCAGAAAUGGUCAAGGCCUGGUCACCUCAGGGGUGCCGCAGCCUCGGCCUCGGGUCGGUUCCGAAGCCGGGUGGGCCCACACCGCCCCCAAUACGUUCUCCCUGCUCCCUCCGCCCCUAAUUCCGCGGCCCGGACACGAACCGGCGACUCACCGCUGCCGCAGCUGCUGGUCGCCCGCCCGCCCGCCUCUCCGUCCCGGCGAACCCCUGCGAAUGAACCAAUAGAUCAAUCCACCCGCCCCCCCCGACUAAUGACUGGUGUUCGGCGCCCGCCCGCCCGCCUCUCCGUCCCGGCGAACCCCUGCGAAUGA